CCCCGCCCCGGGAGCGCAAACAAGCGACUGAGCCGAGCCGGACAGGGCCUCGGGAGCCGGGUCGGGCUGAGCGGAGCGGAGGUACUUGAGGGAUAAAGUCUCUCUCUAGACCUGUAACUAGAAUGGACAGUUACUUUAAAGCAGCUGUUUGUGACUUGGACAAGCUACUUGAUGAAUUUGAGGAGAAUGCAGAUGAAAAUGAUUGCUUCAGGACAGCUCCAGAUCAGUGCAACUCAAAGCACCAUUUGCUCUCUUCAGGGUCAGAUUACUUAAAACCUGUAUCGUUAACACCAAAAGUGCAAGAACAUGAUAGUAGUUGUAUUACAUCGAAAGAAAUCUUUUUUACUAGUCAGGUGGCAACAAAUGAAGCAAACUUUGAACAACCACAUUUCUCCUCACCAAAUGAAAAGAAUGUCACUGGACUUGAUCUUCUGUCUACUGUGGAUAGUGGUGCCUCAGAUGAAAUUCAGCCUUCAAGCCUAGGAAGAGGUAGUAUACCUGUGUGCGAUCUCAUUAAUGACACAGGUAACGUUAUCUGUGCAGCAAGCAGUCGGGAUGAUAUUCAGAAGUCACAACCAGAGGGCUUCCAGUAUACCAAGGACUCUCUGAUUGGCUUUGAUUUACCAGCUGCUAGUCAUAUUUCAUCAAUAGACUACAGUGAUGUUUCAAGCACAGUGCAACAGAGGAGUGAGGACUUACUAGUACAAGAUGUAGGGAAUCUUGCAACAAAAGAAUUGAACCAGUUAGCUUUAAAAACAAAUUUAGCCAAAGUGAAGCACUUGGAUUCAUGUGGUGAUCAAACUAGAACACAAAUUGUAAAGUCUGAUCAAGCAUUUGAUGAACUAGAACAAAUAACAGGCCUUACUGCUACAUCUCUCCUCAUAAUGUCACAGACCCUGAAUGUGCUCAGUUCCAAAGACAAUACAACAACUGAAAAUUUGCCUUGUGAAUUAUUAGAUAAAAAUGCAUGCUGUGUAAUAAGUCAAGAGGUGCAAGGAGGAUGUGUUGAUGAAAAUAUAGAUUCAGAAGAUGAAGGUAAUGUGGAGUCUGUGCCUUCUGAUCUACCAAAGAAUUCUGAGUUGCACAAAAGUAGUAUAGAGUUAUCUAGAAAAAGUGUUUUAGCAGACUCUUCAUUUAAAAUGGAGGAUAAGGUUGUAUCAGAUAUAAAAUGUGCAGAAGAGGAUUUAGGCAGGCCAAAACUUAAAACCAAUAAACUAUUAAACAGUGUUUCAGCUUCACAUGCAUUAGCUGAAGAAGUCCAAACCUCAUUGUCGUGUUUUCCACUCGCUGUAUCUAUAUGUGGUUCGUUAGUUGUACAAGAAGACACAAAUGGCCCUAUACUUCAAGAUGAAAGAGUAGAUGUUGUCAGUGAUACUAUGACUCUGCAUGCAGGAAGAUCUAGUAGUGGCCUCCAUAAUAAGGAACUCUAUGAAAAGACUGAAUCUUCUGAACAGGAAGAAUAUUCAAACCAAAGUUGUUUAGAAAAAAAUGGAUAUAUACCUGAAAAGAAGGGGGAUACUACUAGUAUGAUUAACAAAGAUAAUGCUCCUGCUUCUGUUUUUCCUGUUACAGAAUCUAAACUUGAAUCUUGCACUGAUAUUCAGCAAGUUGAUGGUUGUGUUGAAAGUAUUGCUAAUCUGGUUUUAACUGAUACAGCUAUUGAGGAAGACUUUUUAAAAAAUGAUACGCUAGUAAGUGAUGCUGAGCUUGAUGCCUUCUUAAAUGAGCAGUGUCUUCAGCCUAAUAUUGCAAAACCAUUAGAACAAAAUUUCAAUGAUCUGCUGGAAUAUGAUGCAGAUCAAAUUAACUUAAUACAUAUGAACAGUCCAGACUUUAAAAAGGGCAAUGAUACAGAAACAAAAAUAAAACUGAAGGAGAUUAAGGUUCCCAGUACUAGCAGUACUUGCAGAAUAGCUGAUGUUGACUAUAAAUUUGAGUGUCCGACAGAGCAAAAUACAUCCAUUAUUCAGCAAGAAAUAACUGAGACUAAUAGUGAAGUACCAGCCCCUAAUGUACCUAUUGGAGGUGCUAGACCUAAGCAGUUGCCCAGUCUUCCUCAGAAAACUGUAGAUCAGAGAGAUGCAAGCAAGGCAAAUAUACCUGAGAGUGAACCCCCAGAUGUGAAUUCUGUAUUCCCAAAGGCUCCUUUCUCAGACACCAAAGUUAGUCCUGACAUAAGUUCCAAAUGUAAUCAUUCUGAUAUAGAAAAUAGUUUGGAAGCUGGAGAAAGUCAAAUACCUGCAGGUGUAGAAGCUGUAGUUCUGGGACAGAAACAGCCGUCAUGGGUUCCUGAUUCAGAGGCACCAAACUGCAUGAACUGCCAAGUCAAGUUCACAUUUACAAAAAGAAGACACCACUGUCGUGCUUGUGGAAAAGUUUAUUGUGGUGUCUGUUGCAAUCGGAGGUGCAAGUUGCAGUAUAUGGAAAAGGAAGCAAGAGUCUGUAUUGGCUGCUACAAAUCUAUCAAUAAAGCACAGGCAUUUGAAAGGAUGAUGAGUCCAACUGGUCCUAAUCCAAAUUCCAGUAUCUCCUCUGAAUGUUGUUCUGCUGUUCAACCUUUGCAGGAGGCUCACAUAUCUAGUACACCUAACUCUGUACUUAAACAGCUAAGUGUUGAGGGGCCCUGUCCCAGAGAACAGAAGAGAGUUUGGUUUGCAGAUGGUAUUCUGCCCAAUGGUGAAGUUGCAGAUACAACCAAACUGUCAUCUGGGGUCAAGAGAUCUUCACAAGACCAGAGUCCAGUAAACUGUGACUUACCAGAGACCUAUACGGUUGAAAAUCCAGUAGACGACUUCUCUGUAGCUGAUAUAAAAGCAGUGGAUGAAAUGCACAUUACUUUAGGACCUGAGAAAUUGCCUUGUGCCUCUUCAUUUGCUCCAGAUGAUGGCCAGUUGCCUUUUGUUGGACAAAUGGAGAUAUUGCAAGAUUCUCAGACUGCAGUUCCAGCUGCUGAUGAAUUAUUGUUGACUUUAAAAGCUGAGAAAUCUCCUCCUACUUGCAUCACAGUUGACCAGCUUCAUGAUGAUUUGCCUGUUAGUCCUUCAGAUUACAGAAUUCUGUGUGGUAUUGAAAAAUGUGUUGGCAAAGAGAUAAGCCUUAUUCCUGAUGAUGAUGAUGGUUUGCCACCUCUCUUGCUUGGCAUGAGAGAAAAAGGAGAAGGUCCUGUAGUGGAAGAACACCCAUCUCAGCAGCAGGUCACUUCACUUCUCUCUGAAGGAGGACUGAAUCCAUUAACAUUUAUCCUAAAUGCAAACUUCCUUGUGAAUGUGAAGUUACUUUCUUAUUCUCUGGAAAAGUGCUGGUACUUCUCAACAAAUGGAUUACAUAGCUUGGGUCAGGCAGAAAUUAUCAUUUUAUUGCUGUGUUUGCCAAAUGAAGAUGCUGUUCCUAAAGAAAUCUUCAGAUUGUUUGUUGACGUAUAUAAGAAUGCAAUGAAAGGAAAAUUCAUAGGAAAUUUGGAAAAUUUUACCUUUACUGAAAGCUUUCUUGGUAACAGAGAUCAUGGAGGGUUCCUGUUUGUUACGCCAACUUUUCAGAAACUUGACGAUCUCACGUUACCAAAUAAUCCUUUCCUUUGCGGCAUUCUUAUUCAUAAGCUGGAAAUACCAUGGGCAAAGGUUUUUCCAAUUCGUUUAAUGUUGAGACUGGGAGCAGAAUAUGGAGUAUACCCAACUCCUGUAAUGAGUAUCAGACACCGGAAACCUCUCUUUGGAGAGAUAGGGAACACAAUCAUGAAUUUACUUGUUGACCUUAGAAACUAUCAAUAUACCUUACAUACCAUAGAUAACUUAUUUAUUCACAUGGAAAUGGGUAGAAGCUGCAUUAAAAUACCUCUAAGAAAAUAUAAUGAGGUAAUGAAAGUGAUAAACUCUUCUAAUGAGCAUGUUAUUAGCAUUGGAGCCUGUUUUAGUACUGAAGCAGAUUCUCACUUAGUUUGUAUCCAAAGUGAUGAUGGAACCUAUCAGACACAAGCAAACAGUGGCACUGGUCACCCUAGAAGAGUUACAGGUGCAAGUUUUGUAGUGUUUAAUGGGGCCCUAAAAUCAUCCUCAGGAUUUCUUGCUAAAUCCAGUAUAGUUGAAGAUGGACUAAUGGUACAAAUAACUGCAGAGACAAUGGAAGGCCUACGUCAGGCUUUGAGAGACAAGAAGGAUUUCAAAAUUACCUGUGGCAAACUGGAUGCAGGAGACCUAAGAGAAUAUGUAGAUGUUUGCUGGGUGAAAAGUGAAGAAAAAGUAAACAAGGGAGUUAUCAGCCCCGUGGAUGGAAAAUCAAUGGAAGGAAUUUGGAGUGAAAAACUAGUACAAGGAAGAGACUUUGAAGCAGAAGGAAAAGUUAUAAAGUGCACUGAAGUAUUUUAUUUUCUCAAGGACCAUGAACUAUCUGAUCUAACCUCCUCUCAGUUUGCUAAAGAUCUUGCUGUAGCAUGCAGUACCGCUCUUUGUCCACAUCUCAAAAUGCUAAAAAAUAAUGGAAUGAACAAGAUUGGACUCAGAGUCUUGAUUGAUACUGAUAUGGUUGAGUAUCAGGCAGGAUCUGGAGGCCACCACCUUCCUCAGCAUUACCUAAAUGAACUGGAUGGUGCUCUGAUCCCAGUGAUCCAUGGUGGAUCAUCAGACCCCACAAGUUUACCAUUGGAAAUGGAACUAAUAUUUUUCCUUACAGAAUCUCUUUCUUAAUGCAAACAACAUUGUUUGUUAUAUGUGAUGUACUGAUUGGCUUAGAUUAACUGAAUACCAAAGCUUUAAAGCUAAAAAACACUAAACAUUUCUAGGUUUGUUAAAGCAAAAUUAAGAUCAGUAAUAGACAUUUAAACUGGAUUUUGAUUUUUACAAAACUAACAAAAACUUGCGUUACCCCAGCAUAAAAACAGGAUUGUAGAGUUUAAGCUUUCCUAAGUUUGAGAGUUUACACUUAAUAGUCACUGAAAAAGGCAAGGACUUGUUACCUCUCUAAGCAAGCUGUAGCAUUUUACUUGUGUGAACUGUCAAGCCAUAGUAGCUGGCUCUUGCCUCUUAACCUCAAACAAAUGUUUUAGUAACAGUCCUUAAGAUAAAUUGUAGCUGCAAUGUGACACUUGCUUUACAUGCAUAUACAAGUGAUCUGUACUUGUGGUUUGGGGUUUUAUUUUUUUUUUCUUUUUAAAACUUGUGAAGGAUAUUUAACUGACACAGAGCUGUUUCUUGCCAUUGAGGUUCAAAUAUAAAAUCUUUGGGUUGGACUGCAAAUAUCAAGUGAUGGUGCAUGUUUGGAAUCUGCCUGCAUAGUCUGAUAAUUGAUUGUGCAAGGGGAAUAAACAGCAAAACUUUCACAUGUUUUUUAAAGAUUUUGUAAUUGGGGUUGUCCUGACUUUUAAAAUUGGGACAAUUGAUAAGUUUGGUGCUUUGGGAACUUGUGCUUCUAAACAGUUUUUUUGUAUAGAAUAACCAAUUUCAUUAUGUAUUUAUAAUGGACUUAUCUCACUUAAAUGGAUACUAUUUUUGUAUUUAAUUGAUUAUCUCUUCUUUUGUGCUCAAAUGUACUAUUGUAUUUAGGAUUUCCGAGAGUAAUUUAAGAAUAGGCAAGAUGACCCUUAAAGUAGUCUUCAUGUAGCAAUAAACUAGGCUUGAAGCCUGUAAUACCUUUUCUGCACCCUUCUCCAACUUUUGAGAUCUCUUGGUAGCCCUCUGUUUUCAGGGAGAACAGUGUAUUAAGUGUGAAUUUUCCUGAACGGUUUGCUUUAGCAUACUUGGUAUUCUUUGUAUAGCACAUAUUUUUGAUAUGGGGGUAUUAAGAAAUAAGAUCUAUUUAUGUACUCCAUGAUGCAUGUAAUCUGUACCGAAAUACACAUUCAGUAAACUACAAUCAGGUUUGAUAAUUGUUGCUUAUCUGUUUACUAUAAGCAGAACCAAAGCAAAUUGUAUCCAAAAUCUACAUUAUUUGUGUGAAACAUCAAAAUUUUAAGAAUGAGAGGUUAUCACAAGCCUUUAUCAUCUAGAUGCCUUGAUUCUCAUAGGGGAUAUUGAUAUGUUUUUGUAUCAAAAACGCAAUUUAUAACUUAAAAUCAAGUCAGUGCCCUUCUUACCUGCAGCUUGAAGACUCAUGUUAAGAGGGAGGCUCAAGAUUCAAAGUUUUUAUGCAGGCAGACUGAAUUAGAUGCAAUUUCUUGAGAGAGAGAUUGCACAUGGCAGGCUAGUGAAAGACACUAACGUACAGUAUGAACAAUACGUCCAUUUUUUGGAAAUGGUUAAUAGGGGGGAAAGUAGCGCAAACUGUUUGAACAUGAAUUGUCAAAUAAUAAGCAUAAUCAUGUUCUUGUUUGUCAAUGUCAAAUAGAGCUAUACCAGAAAAGCAAUUCCCAAGACUUGUCUUGAUAUAGUGGUCCCAUAAUCCAUGGAAUAUUAGUUUGUCCCAUGUCUCUUUUUAAGGGAGUGUUUAAACUCUCCAUUUUAGUACAUUUCAGUUCAAUGAUCACUAACCAAUAAAACUGAUCAAUACGUUUAACAGAUAAAAUAAGAUGAUAAUUCUUUCUUCUUUCUGUUUUAUAAAAAGCCCCUGACACACACUUCUCGACUUUUUUAUAUUUUGUCACAAGAAUUUUCUGUUUCCAGGUAUUUUCUUUGUUUAGCACUGCCACUGCACCUGGAGCUCUUAGUCUGCCCCUAACCUGUAUUUAUACCUAAAUGUGACUUGUGUGGGUAUGGCCUGUAACUUUAUCCGUUUCUCACCAACAAAUAAAUGGACAAACAUUUA